AUGUCGAUACGAAUAUGCGCUGCUGGGCGCUGGAGAUACUCUAGUCUAUCAAAAGCGAGCUCCUUUCAACCUUCCGUUUUACUCCAGUACCGACAUCAGAGCACUCAAACUCCUCACAAAGUCAUCUUUUCUGGCAUUCAGCCUACUGGCGUACCACAUCUGGGCAAUUAUCUGGGAGCACUACGACAAUGGGUCAAGCUGCAGAACGACGCUGCUCCAGAUACGAGACUACUCUUCUCGCUCGUUGAUCUACACGCGAUCACCGUCCGCCAGGAUCCGAAGCAACUGCUGCAAUGGAAGAACGAAAGUCUGGCCAUGCUCCUGGCCAUUGGUCUCGACCCGAAACGCUGCACCAUCUUCCAUCAAAGUGACGUCUCAGCGCACUCCGAACUCAUGUGGAUCCUGUCUGGCCAGGCCAGUACGGGUUAUCUUGGUCGCAUGACCCAGUGGAAGGAAAAGACAGCCAACGAGAAGGAGAAUAGUGAGAAGCUGAAGCUGAACCUGUUCUCUUAUCCCGUGUUACAGGCUGCUGAUGUACUCUUGCAUCGAACAACUCAUGUUCCGGUUGGCCACGAUCAGGCUCAGCAUCUGGAAUUUGCUAGGGAGGUGGCAAAUGGUUUCAACCAUGUCUAUGGUCAGGAUAUCCUCAUACCUCCCCAGACCUUGGUUAGUCCUGCGAAAAGAGUCAUGAGCCUUACGCAUCCGGUCUCGAAGAUGUCUAAGAGCCAUCCCAAUCCUAAAUCAAGAAUUCUGUUGACAGACUCGGACGAACUCAUCCAAAGCAAGAUCAAGAGUGCUGUGACAGACUCGAUCGAGGGUGUCACAUACGAGCAAGAUCGCAGGCCUGGGGUAAGCAACUUAAUCGACAUACUGUAUCAUACCUUAGACGAAAGUUCUUGUGGUAGCCAGCAGGAUCUGGCAGCAGACCUGGCCAAUAUCAGUAUGCGUGUGCUCAAAGAACAGGUGUCGAGCGCAGUCACGAAGUUAGUAGCGCCAAUCCGUGAGAGGCAUGAAUCAAUAGUGGGCAAUGAGUCGCUUUUGGACGAUGUCGCCACGCUUGGCGCUGCAAAGGCUACCGAGAGCGCUGCGCCAACUUUACUUCAAGUGAAGCGUGCGGUCGGACUAUGCCGCUGA